AUGACGGGUGAUUACUGUUUUGAAAGAGAGCGCAGACGACAACAGAAGAGUGGACGGCUAGAAGUAAACGCGCUGUGCGGGAUCCCGGCAUGUGACAUGUUUCUUCUUGUUUCUUCCGUUGACAAUGCCGAUUCCGUAGCUCAAAUGAUUGAUAUUCGGCAGCAAAUCAAUGACUGUAAAGCGUCACGAGGUGCCACAGGUGGUGAGGAUACCCCAUGUGUGUUCAUUUUGAAUAAAGCUGAUCUUCCAGAACAUCGCUGGCAGAUGAUUAUUGAUUACUCGUACAUCAAGGGACUGUUUCAGACGACUGAGAAAGAAGUGGCAGAGCUAGUAGAACAGGCAACAGGAUCGAGUGAUGGCCUAAUAGUCUGUUCGGCAGCCACGAAUCUUAACAUUGACAAGGCAUUCGCCAAGCUGUUCACCAUGAAUAAAUGCCCCAAGCAUAUGAACCCCGAGCUGCACAAAAUGCUUCGGAAUGAAUUGUCUGCCGACGGUGAAACGGGGCGUCGGCAUAUUUUGAGAAGGAUGAGGAGUCGAUUUUCCCGAGAACAGGACGACAUGACAACGUACACAGAUUUGAACGCUCGACGCCCAAGUCUCCGUACAGACCUGCUCAUCAAUCGAUCCAAGACUUCCGUGAUCCAUCAGCACUUCGCUCAACAGCAUUCGCCUCAGCGUCUCCGACGAAAUGUCGAAGGAGGUCGCUGUGCAAUUAUGUGA